AUGGGGCUCCGGCUCCCGCUGCGCCGGAGCGCCAGCUUCACCCCUGACCACCCUGCCCUCAUGGAGAUGCCUGGUCCCACUGCCCUGAAGAUGGAAGCAAAUGUCCUCAUUAUGGGAGCAGACAACGUGGGGAAGUCAGCUCUGACUGUGCGUUUCCUCACCCGGCGCUUUAUUGGGGAGUACGGAGACAUGGAAUUCAUCUAUAGCCACAACCUGACUGUGGAUGGCCGAGAGAUUCUCUUCCACAUCUGGGAUGUCCCCAAUUCCCAGGAGCAGGCAGACGAGGGCUCCUCAGAGGAGAAGCGAAUCCAGUGGGCAGACAGCUUUGUCCUGGUCUACAGCAUCUGCGACCGUGCCAGCUUCAACAUCCUGCCCCUCAAAAUCCAGUUCAUCAAGGCAGCCAAGGAGGGGCAGAGCCAGGAGAAGGUGCCCAUCGUCAUUGUGGGCAACAAACGGGACCUGCACCACCAACGGGUGGUGUCCAGCGAGGAAGGUCGGCUCCUGGCCCUUUCUUUAGACUGUGGUUUCUAUGAGGUCUCUGCAGCCGAGGCUUAUCACGGGGCCCUGAUGGUCUUCCAUGGACUGGCUGAGCGUAUCCCUGACACCAAACUGGCACUGAAGAAGGGUACGGGGAUCCGUGGCAUCGUCAAGACCAUGUCAGCUGUGUUUGCCCGUAAGCGAACAGACUCCCUCUGA